AAUAACAAGCACUGACAAUACAUAGCAAUAGUGAAAUCUGAAAUAACUAAGAAUUAGGUACUACAGCCAUGGAGCUGGCUGGGUAAAAUCUAAUUGGAUAUUUCAGUUUCAUUCGCCCACCCUGUUUUGGUGUUUUGUUUUGGUUUUUGUUUUGGUUUUGGUGAGUUUUUUUUUUUUUUUUUUUUUUUAGAAAGCAAGGAUCACACUUUCCCCUCCCUGUUCGUUUUCUUAAUCCCUUUUCUAAAAAGGGGGGAAAAUCCGGAUGGAUUUUAGGGAUUGGUCUGGUGUCAGCUGUGUUUUAUUGCACACCUAAAUCCUGUUUAUAGGCUUUUCAUUUCUCCGCAAAGCCUUUAUUUUGGCACUUAAGCCAAAUGUGUUUUCCAGAAAGUUAAAGUAUUUUCUCCUCUUUCUUUCCUUUCUUUCCUCCCUUUUUCCCGUCUGACCCCAAACGUUAUUGUCCAAACAUGACUGGACAGCAGCUUUUGUUUCUUGACCCUGUAAUAUGACAGUCUGCUAAUAUUGACAGAAGGUGCAGUUUUUGGGUUACAGUCGUGAUUUUCGCUAAUCAAUCAUAUUAGCAGGAAAAAAAAAUGACUUGUUUCUGUUGUACUUGAGUCUUAAGAAAAAGUGCCCAUAGUUUAGUGACAAUUUCCAAAGGCUUUAGUACCACCUGUAUUUCAAAAUGGGGGACCCAAACUCCCGGAAGAAACAAGCUCUGAACAGACUACGUGCUCAGCUUAGAAAGAAAAAAGAAUCUCUAGCUGACCAGUUUGACUUCAAGAUGUAUAUUGCCUUUGUAUUCAAGGAGAAGAAGAAAAAGUCAGCACUUUUUGAAGUGUCUGAGGUUAUACCAGUCAUGACAAAUAAUUAUGAAGAAAAUAUCCUGAAAGGUGUGCGAGAUUCCAGCUAUUCCUUGGAAAGUUCCCUAGAGCUUUUACAGAAGGAUGUGGUACAGCUCCAUGCUCCUCGAUAUCAGUCUAUGAGAAGGGAUGUAAUUGGCUGUACUCAGGAGAUGGAUUUCAUUCUUUGGCCUCGGAAUGAUAUUGAAAAAAUCGUCUGUCUCCUGUUUUCUAGGUGGAAAGAAUCUGAUGAGCCUUUUAGGCCUGUUCAGGCCAAAUUUGAGUUUCAUCACGGUGACUAUGAAAAACAGUUUCUGCAUGUACUGAGCCGCAAGGACAAGACUGGAAUUGUUGUCAACAAUCCUAACCAGUCAGUGUUUCUCUUCAUUGACAGACAGCACUUGCAGACUCCAAAAAACAAAGCUACAAUCUUCAAGUUAUGCAGCAUCUGCCUCUACCUGCCACAGGAACAGCUCACCCACUGGGCAGUUGGCACCAUAGAGGAUCACCUCCGUCCUUAUAUGCCAGAGUAGAGUACUGACCAACAAAAUGGAGAAGAUCAGAGAAUGCAGCAGCAGUUUUUUUUCUUGUUUUCUUACCACUUUAUUCUUUCAGAGUUUAAAGAAAAUGGACUCAUGCACAGAACACUAUGCAUUUUGAAACUUGUUCAUCCUGGAUUUUUUUAAAUCAUUUUUAUCUCAGAACUUAAACAAAAAUUAGAUGUCGUGCACGGACUGUGUGAAAGAAGAUGCUUUGCAUAUUUGCUGCACUGCAUCAGUAUCUUACUAAAAAUGUGAAAUGAAAGGACUAUUGUACACUGAAAUGCUUAAAUGUAUCUGAAAGCACAAGGUGAUACUCACUUUUAUGGUCUUCCCAUUUGUGCUGGUUUUUGCCUCUUUGACAUCUGUCAUCAGUAUUUAGAGGGUGAGAAGUGAAUGUAACAGGUAUAAAUAACAUUUUUAAAAACAAUAGCUUUGCUAUAAUCACAGUUGUUCCAGAGCACUGUCAGAUUCAUUCUAAUGACCAGAACUGGUUGUUUAAAAAAAGAAAAUACAACCAUGGGAAAGAAAUCUUAAAUGAAAAACGCAUCUCAUUGUAGGCCUUUUUGCCUCAUAGUUUACUGGGCCAUGUUUGUUUCCUGGUACUCAUGUAUUUUUUUUUUUCCAGAUCUCUUUCCCCAAGUUGCUAUUGUAAGAGUAUUCUGCUGCGUGUGGAUGCAGUUGUACACAUUAAAGCAGAUCUGGAGUCUGAAGUAGCUAUAAAGCAGCUAUAAAACUGAGAAAUACAUUCAUAGCUGCAGAAACCAUGAUAGGUAGAGGACUUUUUUUUUGGUUGUUUUUUUUUUUUUUUGGUUGUUUUUUUUGGGGGGUUUUACAAAGAAGAGAUUUUUAUUACAAAGAAAAAAAUUCCAGUGAAUUGUGCAGAAAUGCUGGUUUCUACACCAUCCUAAAGAAAAACCUUUCAAGGGUGUUUUGGAGUAGAAAAAGGUUAUAAAGUUGGAAUCUUAAAUUGUAUUAACCAUUGAGUGUCAAAGUUCUAAAAGCAGAACCAUUUUGUGCAAUGAACAUAAGGAAAGACUACUGUAUAGGUUUUUUUUUUUUUUCUUUUAAAUGAAGAAAAGCUUUGCUUAAGGGUUGCAUACUUUUAUUGGAGUAAAUCUGAAUGAUCCUACUCCUUUGGAGUAAAACUAGUGCUUACCAGUUUCCAAUUGUAUUUAGCUUCUGGUUGGAAUUUGGGGGGAAAAAAAAAAAAACUAAAUAAAAUAGGUGAAAGUUCCCUGACUAUUCAGGUGAAUACACAAA